AUGAUUGCACCCAGAGCUAUAUCUGGUUUAAGCACCUUCCGGAUGAACACCAAUUGGCAGCAUGCCGCAAGCACGAUUUUGUUCAUAGUUUUUCAUUGCACCUAUUUCAUUGGGAAGACGCACGAGGAGGUGAUCCCUUUUGCUUGUUCAGGUGUCGAGGCUUCAGAUGGCAUGGCCACUGCUCCACAAACCGCUAUGACGCACGGCCCAGCUUAUGUUGCUUAUGUUCCCGGAGAAGAACAACGUACGAAGGACGGCGUGCUGUUCCCAGAAAGUCGCAGGGCCUAUAUUCCAUCGAGCAAAGCAAAUCGUGACUCGUCUUCUCACAUUGACACGAAAGCUGUGCUUGAGGCCAAUCAGCCAAUAAGCGAAGAGGACUUAAUUUCAAAAGACAAAUCACUCUCUCAGCUUCAAAAAGCCGUCAUAAAACUUGAAGCGGCUGCAUCAGCCGACGCAGAUUUGCCAAAGAUAAGGAAAGAUAAUCUUCAAGAACAUGAGAACUUCCAGCUUCUCCAGAUUGAUUGGAAGGAUCGUUUUAUCAGCCAAUAUCGGAAGGAAGGCACGCCCGAUGAUUUGGAAAAGCUACAGACUCAGUUUCAUAUAAACGGGAAUCCGCGUCUACUAAUAGCACUGCUCCGAAGCUCUGAGCAGGUUGCGCGGGAAACAAAGGUACGACCGGAAGGGUGGUGGUCCAAAUUAAUGGAUUUCAUUCGCUAUUUUUUCAAGAGAGAUGAAUGGAUACAGGACAGGGCUGCUCUCCAGUUGAACAAAAUCAGAAGAGGAUUAAAAGAAUCACAUGUCACAUCCGCUAACGAAAGGAUUCUAACCGCAAUCAACCGACUAUCGAUUUCUAGGAGAAAGGGUCCAAAUUUCUCAGAGAGGGAGAUCCAAAUGAUUGAAAACUUGUCCCAUGAUAGCUCUCAUCUCACUGCUGAGGAUGAGGCUCUGAUAACCGAAAUAGCCAACGAAAACUUUGCGAAACGUACCAUGAAGAAGAUUAAAAACUUGCAGGAAGUUUACUCUUCGGCUAUGGAGAAAACCCCUGCAGCCACAAGAGAAGUCAUUCUUGGGGCACUGAAUCACUUUGAGGCUAUGGCUCAGCGUGGAAAAGAAUGGAAUUACAGAGAAGAGAGAAAACUUUUUGAGAUUCUGGAAAAGAUGAAAGAUAUGAACGAUGCCCCUAGGCGAUUGUUCAGGAACAAGCAGAUCAGGUCGUACCUCGAAAAUUGCGCUCUAAAGUGGGAGCAACAACAAGAUCGCGGGAUAGCUGCUAGGGCGUUUCCAGUUUUGAACAUGAGUUCCAGAAUAGCUCCAGAGGAAAAAGAGGUUUGGGAACAGCUAAGUAGAUUCUGGGAGGAGAAAAAACUUGGACCAGCUGCUACGGGACUUACCCUCAAGGAAUUCUAUUCGGAAAAACAAAUGCAAAUAGUCCGCCAACAUGCCGCCCAGUUUGAUGAGAAAUUCGAAGAAACUUUGAAGACAGCGAAAUCUAUCAAACUGGAACAAUCCUACCUUGACGAAAUAGGGAAGAUCGAAAACUACAUCAGGAAAGAAGAAACUGAACAAGGGAAAUAUGAGCUUGCUUCAACUGCUUUGCAAUUAAUGAGAUAUAGGAACAUUGCGCCCAGGAUUGCCAGGAAGGGGGAAGGAUACUUUGAUUCCUCCAAGGAGUUUGAUGUGCCAAAUGUGAAGGGAUUUUCCAAGAAAGAGGUUGAAAACCUUGCAAUUGAACAACUCAUAAUCAAGAGUUCCAAUAUCCCAAUACACCUGGUGCAAAUAACAAACACAUUGCUCACUGGAAAUGAAAUACAUUUAGUUGGCUAUGAGAGCCAGUUUGAGAACUUGAAGAACCACUUCACAAAGAAUGAAGUACAACAGAUAAGAGAGUUAAUUAAAUUAUCUGGAGAUGAUGAGAAAUUACAAGAAGAAACAAAAUUUGUACAGCUUUUGAAAAUUUUAAUCAAGGCAAAUGUGAGGUCAGAAUAUGAUUUAGAUUGGGGGACCAAAUUUACCAAGGAUCUGGAGAUACUCACCACUACAAAGAAGGAUGAUGUUUCAGCAGCCAAGUAUGAAUUACAACAGGUGAGCCACAUCAGAUCUGAAUAUAAAAGGAUCACAGAUUCCCUCAAAAUAUUUGGAAAAAAGGAAGGUUCUUCAGAUGAGGAUUUACUUUCAGCUCAAAAAAAAUCCAUAAAUAUCAAGUUCUUGCAAUAA